AUGGACCUUGAUUAUACUGUCAAUCUACAGAAGCAUCAAAUUGCAGAGUUAACAUCUAAAACUGUAAGUAAAUUAUCAUUAAAUUCCCAGCCGACAUUUAGUAGCAUUGUAAAAAACGUGUAUAAAAGCAGUAAACAAGAGUCAGCUGUUUUGGUUGUUCAAGCAAAUGAUAAAACUCUGGUCAGUAAUGACAUUAUUGAAAUUGAAAAAUCAAUAAAUCCUAGUAAAUUACAAAUACAAAUAAACAGCACUAAACAAAUAAAAAACGGUCUUGUUAUAAACUGUUGUAAUGAAACCACACUUAACACUCUAAAAACCCAUCUAACUGAGAAAGUUGGAGAUAAAUUCACUGGAAAAGAAGGAACGAAAUUUAAUCCUCGUUUUAAAAUUUAUAAAGUGCAUAAAUCCAGUGCCGAAGAAACAAACUUCAUUCAAAACCUUAUUGUGAAUAACAAUCUUACAUGCAACUUGGAAGAUAUUAAAAUCAUAUUCAAGCAGGAAAACAACACGCAUGUCAACACAAUUAUCGAAGUCCCCCCUACUAUACGUAAAACUUUUUUAUAUGCCGGCCGAGUUUACAUUGGUGGGGAAUCCUACGGUGUCACAGAUAAUUAUGCUAUUACUCGAUGUUCGAAUUGUUUACGCUACGGUCAUAAGAAAAAAAGACUGCAAAAAUACUACAACAUGCCCUUCUUGUACAGAGCCACAUGACGAAUGUUCGACAGAAGAGAAAAAGUGUAUAAAUUGUUUGGAACACAAUAAGCGUUUCAAGACUAAAGUGCAAACAAAUCAUUCCUAUAAAGACCCAAAUUGCC